AUGGCAUCAGUAGCAUUGCGCCGCGUCCGACCAGCGACCAUCGCGGCUACCGUCGCAGCCGGAGGCAUCGGUCUAGCAGCUUACUCGAGGCUGUUCGUGAACAGCGCGUCUGCCGAGUCGACAGCGCCGCCAAAGGUUUUUGGGGCAGGCCCCGCGUUUGUGUCACUGUCGCUGGAGAGCUCGGAGGACGUCAACCACAACACCAAGCGAUUGCGUUUCAAGCUACCCCAGAGAGAGGCAGUCAGCGGUCUUUCGUUAACAUCCGCUGUCUUGACCAUGUCAUGGCCGGAGGGCAGGUGGCUACCCGUCGCGAGACCUUACACGCCCGUGCAACCCCUCGAUGAUGCCGGCUACCUCGAGCUCAUGGUGAAGAAGUACCCGGACGGCAAGCAGAGCACGCAUAUCCACUCCCUGACGCCGGGCCAGAAGCUCCUCUUUGCCCUCGCCAUCAAGGGCCAUCAGUGGAAGCCCAACAGCUACCGGCACGUCACCCUCAUCGCCGGCGGCGCGGGCAUCACGCCCCUCUACCAGCUCGCGCAGGGCAUCCUCCGUAAUCCGGACGACAAGACGGCCAUCACGCUCGUCUUUGGUGUCAACUCGGACCAGGACGUGCUGCUCAAGGAGGAGUUUGAGCAAUUUGAGAGGGACUUUCCCGGGCGGUUUAGAGCCGUGUACACGGUGAGCAACCCCGCGGCCAACUCCUCGUAUCGGAAGGGAUACGUGACGAAGCAAUUGUUGGAGGAGGUCGGGGCGGUGCCCAAGAACGAGGAUACCAAGGUCUUCGUGUGCGGUCCACCGGCGAUGGAGGCGGCUCUUGUGGGGAAGAGGAGCGCGCCGGGGAUCUUGCAACAGCUGGGGUAUCGGAAAGACCAGAUACACCAGUUUUAG